AUGGACAAACUGACUGAAGAAUACACUGGAGGGGAUGUAGAAAAUGAGAGAGUUGUAAAGAGAAAGGGGAAUGAUUUUCACAUAAUGACGGUAGCGGAGGAGAGGUUGGACAAGUUCGUAGCUACAGACGAAUGGAUUGAUCUCUACCCUUGCUCUAAGGUUGAGCACUUACCUCGACGUCGCUCUGAUCAUGUACCACUAAAAAUCACCAUUCAGGCUCAGCUAUUAGUAAACCGUGGCAGAAGAAAUAGGAGGAGGAGCUUCAAAAUUGAAAAAGAAUGGCUUCGUGAUGAUGAAUGUGGAAAUAUAAUCUCCGAUGCGUGGAACUUGGACCCAAGUUGUGAUGCUAAACAAAAAAUUGCAGCAUGUUCUUCGAAACUUCGGUCAUGUAGUUCAAAAAAGUCUACUUACUUUAAAAAAGAAAUUAGUUCUCACAGGGAUUUAAUGGCUGCUCUUAUGAAUCUGCCUCCAACCGAGAGAAACAUUGCGGAGAUGAGAAAGAUUGAUUCGGAAUUAGAUGAACUCGAAGGAAGAGAGGAAGCAUACUGGGCUCAGAGAAGUCGCCAAGAUUGGCUUCGAGAGGGCGAUAAAAAUACUAAUUUCUUUCAUAAGAAGGAAAAAUAG